GAUAUAUUGUGUAGACAAGUAAUGAAGAACAAGAUCAACUCGUUGGGGACAUACAGUAGAAUACAUCCACCACCUUCAAUAGCUGAUCGAGCCGUUGUUGGUCUCUGUUGGGCUCUACUGUUAUUGACAUUUCCAAUUUCAUUGUUCUUCUGCGUCAAAAUCGUCAGCGAGUACAAAAGAAUGGUUAUUUUCCGUCUCGGCAAGAUCUGGAAGUCUCGUGCAUGUGGUCCGGGAGUGGUAACAAUGAUAUAUGACGUGCCGACUCAAGAGCUGUUAACAUUAGACUGUGUUACGGUGGCUGUCGAUGCAGCUGUGUACUACAAAGCUAGGGAUCCCAUCGCUUACCUUUCGGAAGUGCAUGACGCUCACUAUUCAACGAGGCAAUUAGCUCAAGCCACUCUACGGAACACGCUUGGCACAAGGACAUUGGCCCAAAUUAUGUCAGAUCGGAAUGAAAUAGCUGAACACAUGGAGUACAUUCUUGAUAGAGCUACGUCCAUCUGGGGAAUUAGUGUUGAACGAUUUGUAAUCAAGGAUGUUCGCCUUCCAACAGAUCUGUGCAGGGCCAUGGCUACCGAGGCCGAAGCCGUCAAAGCAGCAGAAGCGAAACUAAUUUUUGCCCUCGGAGAGCUCAGUGUACGUGUUUUUCUGUACUUCUGUAGUAAUAGAAUCAAUCUAAAUAAUCCUUUGAAGCUAUGA